AUGCGGACGAGCGAUAUCCUUUCAAUCGCUCCCAAUGCGAGUGGAUCGAAUAUUCGGUCGCAUACCUCACAUGUCAGUAUCCUGGUAGGAAUCUGCCAAACCAACUCCAUCUUCCCUCACCGGUCUGUUGCUGGGAAGCUCGUCAAAGCACAUGGCGAUAUGAAUGCGCCAGCCAGCAGGCCAUGCUCUAUAGGUUGUUCCCCGCAUUGGAGGUGGUCAUGGCCCAUGAAGAAUCGCAAACCUCCACUCUCUCAAGAUUGCGGCCCAGGAGGCAACUUCCUUCCUGAAGCACACCAGCUGAGAAAGGCAACCAGACUGUUGUCGAAAACGGUUAUCGAUGUCCAACCAUCACCCUCCGGGACAAACCCAGGUGAUUUGACUCACCUGAUGCGGCGCGGACCGUUGGAGCCUAAUUUCAGCCCAGUGAGCAGAUGGCGUUCCGGUUACGCCCCAGACCCACAAGCGACGCCUCCAGCACCCCAAACCCAAGACCAGAACGGACGAACACCAGACGCGCACAUCCACGUAUCUGCGUGCUUACUUGCAGGAGGCAACCGAAGAGUUAUACCAUGCAAUAAAGUUGCACACCGGUCAGUCCGCGCUCUCCUCUGCAGGCAUCAGUUGCAGAAAGGGAGGGAUCCAGUAACAAUUGCAGUACUACCGCAAGAUCGACGCGUAUUCUAUUGGAACUGCUCUGUAUCCCGGGCGUUAUCUUCGUUCACCAGCUGCGUGCUCUGGCUCCACAACAUCGUCGAUAAUGAGUCAAAAUUCAGGGAGUUAGAUGUCUCCAACACUGCGGGAAGAAAAAUGACCGAGAAACCGCGCCCCUCUAUCUUUGCGAUUCUCAGUAUUUCCAAGAUCGCCAGGAAAUUCCGCUUCGGCUCGACGCCGGCUUCCCUCACUGACGUGUUCAUCAUCGAUUUAGCAUUACUCUUACGAUCCACCUUCCCUUGUCCUUCACCUCAGACUGCUAGCCCAUUCUGUUUAAAAAUGGCAUGUCAAAUAUAUCCUGGACCAAGGACAACACCCGCACAAACCAUUACGAUAGCGCACUGA